AUGUGUGGCUGCAGAGCAAGUGUCCCCAGCACGAAGCAGUACUCGGUCAAUCAACCAGCUCCUGCUUCCAGCAAUAAAAGCCCUGCAGCUGCAGCAGGCAUGCCCAAGCGCACAUCUAUAGCCAAGCAGCUGGCAUCAAUAAAAGGUCUAGGAAAAGGCUCAGACCUUGAAAAAGCUUUUGCUACUGUAGCUUUGGUGUAUAACAACGCUGCUGACCCUGAGGGCAAGCUCAGCAAAGCUGAAACCAAAAGCUUGCUGCAAACCCAGUUUCAGGCUUUCAUACAGGGCCAAGAAAACAAACCAAAAUACCGGGAAAUAAUUUCUACCCUGGAUGAGGAGUCGGAGAAGAAAAUUGAUUUUGAAGAUUUCAUGAUCUUGUUAGUCAGCCUCACUCUAAUGUCUGACUUGCUGCAGGAGAUAAAAAACGUGAAAACCACCAAAUGA